AUGUCAGUGUUUUUAAAGCAAAUUGAGAUAAUCAAUUUUAAAUCCUACAAAGGACAUGUACUUGUUGGUCCGUUUAGACAGUUUAGUGCUGUAAUCGGGCCGAAUGGCACAGGGAAGUCCAAUUUCGUUGAUGCGAUCAGCUUCGUCAUGGGAGAAAAGGCAUUCAACUUGCGUGUUAAAAAUUUAGGUGAACUCAUUUACGGAGCAUCAUUAGGAUUACCUGAUUCACCUAAUCAAUGUACCUCUGUAACAGCUGUUUUCAUCUUGGCGAGAGAUGAAACAAAGAGUUUCACACGUUCCAUUAAAAAUUCUGCGUCUGUGUAUCAAAUUAACGAAACGGUCGUUGCCAAUACAGAAUAUUUGGAAGAACUGAAACGGAUUGGAAUAAAUCUGAAAGCCAGAAACACUUUAGUACCUCAAGGGACGAUAGAAUGCAUAGCCAUGAAGGAUCCGAAAGACUUGACAGCACUUUUAGAAGAAAUUAGUAAUUCGAAAGAACUGAAACCUGAAUAUGACAGCACCUGGUCUAAGGCAUCAGAGAUUGAAAAUGAAGGUCAGUUACUAUUGGAAAAAAGAAGAGUAUUUGCUGCCCACAAAAAAGCGAUUGUUCAACAGGUGGAAGAGUUUGAAACGUAUGAACGUCUAGAAGAAGAAUACAUCGAGAAACAAUUGACGUUUUACUUAUUUCGCUUGUACUACAAUGAAAAGGAUAUCAAACAGUUGAAAAGUGAUAAAAGUGAAAAGCGAUAUGAGUUAAGUAAAUUGGAAGAAAAGGAAAGAGAAGCAAACGAACAGUUACUUAAACAGAAGAGGGAGUUUGGAAAGCUGGUCCGAGAACUUGCAAAGCUGGAACAAGAUGUCCGAGAGCAAGAAGUGGAAAUGUCAAAGAAGAGAUCUAAAUUUACUGAAAGAAUGCAGCAAAAAGCGUAUCUUCAGGAAAAACUAGAAAGUGCACAGAAAAGUUUAGAAAAAGCACGCUUGGAACAUGAGGCGCAUAAGGAAGCAAUCAAAGAAUUGCAGAAUCAGUUACAGGAAAUCGAAAGAGCUAAAGCUGAUUACGAAUCAAGCAUUGAAACACUUUCUCAGUCGCAAGGUAUAGAUAUUCAAUUGAUGGACGAACAGUUGCAAGAGUAUCGCAGGCUUAAAGCUAGAGUGGGACAACAAUUGACUCGAUACUUUCAAAUUUGCGAUACGCUUAACAGAGAACAAAAGUCAAUGCAGGACAAGCUUGACAAUGAAAUUAGAAAAAAAACUGAAACUGAAAUUAAAUACCAGCAAAAAGUUCAUGCUAGGGAUGAGUGUAUAGAUCGAGCUAAAAGAUUAGCAGAACACAUUAAUACAUUAGAAACAAAUUUAAAAGAGCAACGAGCAUUGCACGAAGAACUAGAAAGGGACAUUGCCACAUCGGAUGAGAAGAUUCGACAAUCUCAGGAACAGUUAGAAAAUAUCUUCCAACAGUUAAACAAAGCCAAGGCGAAUAAGGAUGAUAUGUCUAGAUUGAAGACAAAGGCAGAAAUUAUAGAACGUUUGAAAAAUCUUUAUUCUGGUGUAUACGAUCGAAUGCAUAAUCUGUGCCAGCCAUUUCACAGUCGAUACAAGAUUGCAGUGACUAAGGUUUUUGGAAAAUUUAUCGACGCAAUUGUUGUUGACAGUGAGAGGACAGCUACGCAAUGUAUUAAGUAUUUAAAGGAACAACUUUACUGUCCUGAAACUUUUCUACCGUUGAGUAAUCUGCUGGUUGAAUCGUUGAAAGAACGACUUAGGGAAAUUGAGGAACCGAGGAAUGUGAAGUUGCUAUACGAUGUGAUUCAGUUCACUCCGUCAGAUGUUGGCAGAGCUGUAUUAUUUGUCACAAAGAAUACUCUCGUUUGCGAAACUCCAGAGGAUGCAAGGAAAGUAGCUUAUGAAAUGGAUGGAAAUAAUGUGUACGAUUGCGUAGCAUUGGAUGGAACGUUCUUCAAGAAGAGUGGAUUAAUAUCAGGAGGAAAAAUUAUCGCAGAAAAUAAGGGAUUGUUUGAAAGUAUCCAAGAAGAAGGCUGA